AUGUUUGUCGAAAUUCUCACUCUGUUAGCACUUUAUUUGGCAGUAUACAUCGCUUCUAGGAUAUGGCAAAACCGCCAUCUUCCACCGGGUCCUUUUCCUUUUCCAGUGCUGGGAAACUUGCUCUCGAUAAGCCAAGAUCAGCCUUAUCGUGAUUUCGCGAACAUGGCGAAAAAGUACGGAAAACUUUUUCGAAUCCAGAUGGGCAGUAAGAAAGCUGUCGUCAUUAACAGCUAUGAAAUUGCCAGAGAAGCCCUUUUGACGAAAGCAAAAGACUUCGCAGGGCGGCCGCCGCAUUUUUUGGGAAGCAUUUUCGGCCGGAACGGCUCCGCCAUCGGGUUUGAAUCUUUCUCCGAGCGAUGGAAAAUGCAACAUAAGAUGUUAACUGCAGCUUUGCGCUCAACGGAAGACAAAGCUAAUAUCUCGUUGCAUAUCGAAGAACUAUGCCAGCUGUUUCUUUCCACGCACGCUAAACCAUUUUGUCCAAGAGAUAACGUUUACAAGUCAUUUGGAAACUGUCUGUCAUCCAUGAUCUUUGGACAAGAAUGUAAACUUGAUGACCGCGAGGUUGACACUCUAAUCGACGCUGUACACGUCUUUCGAAUGUCGUUAGGAGCAGCUAAUGCAAUUGAUACGUUUCCCUUUUUAAAAUACAUUCCUUUUGAGAUCAUAAAACGAGCAAGGCGUGCAGGAGAAAAUAGAGACGAAAUUUUCAACAGAAGGUUCCGACAGCAUGUCUCAACGUUCGAAAAGGGCAACAUUCGGUCUACGAUUGACGCUAUGUUGAAAGACUUUUGGAGUAAUGGUUGCAAUUUAUUGACGGAAGAGAAUUUGAUUUCAAGGUGAGGAGGUGCUAUUAUAACUGUGUUUAAAUUGGGCCCGGUUCCUCGAAAGAUGCUCAAGAGUUUAACUCAAGGUUAAAUCAAAUUUUAGUUUUCUUGUCUAGGACUACUUAACACAAAAUGAUAUUCUCAAACAAUCGGAGGGUAAUUAAAUACCCUCAUGGAUUAAAAUUUUAAUCUUCGACAAAGGCGACUAACGCUAAUCCCAUGGGCUUCUGCUUAUCUUUAUUCUGGAACCGGGACUUCGGGUCACAGAUAUCUACAGGGGGAAAAACAUAUUUAAGUUCCUUCAAGGUGAAAAAAAAAAACAAAAACAAAAACAACAAAAAAAAACGGUGAAGUUUAUCUGAACAACGGUGUUUUUCGUUUUGCAUUAUUUACACUCCUUUUGGGGAUAUUCAAGUUUCUGUAUUAUGCAAAUUAGGUAAGUUAAGACGUCAUCAAUCCCCCGAAGAAGGACGGCUUGUCCGUCCGAAGCCUCAAGUCGCUUUUGUCUUUGCUGUUUAAUUUUACUAUUGAUGUGUAAUUUUAUUCACAAACUCUGUUUUUUCUUUUUUCGUGUGAUUGUCGACGUUGAUGAGGGCGCGCUGUUAGUGAUAGGGUUCGGUGGCGUUGGAAACGGUGGGGGAAGAUCCUAAUUUUCCCCGCUCCCUAGCCCAGCCAUAUCACCUCCCACCUGGAAAUUUGGGGGAGGGACCGAGGGUAGGACUCCCUCGGGUAUGCGCGGCUAAACAGGGUAUUGUUUUCAGGGUCUUGAGUCUUGAACCGGGUAUAUAAUAGGAUGGGGGAGUUUUUUGCACGUACUGGAAGCCUUUAAGAGUGAAGGUUGGCGAUGAGCCAACACCAUGCCCCCUCGGGUAAUUUGUACUCUCCCCAGUCUUCCCUCACUAUAAGAAACAAGAACGCUCUUAAUAGCUUUAAGUCUCACUUGCUUGGAGAUUAGAUAAGAAAUGAGGAAAGGAUCAAUUCUUCAUGAAACACGAUUUCCUCGCUAAGUGAUUUACUCCCUUCUUUAUCGACGGUCGAGUAUUCUUCAGCAUAUUUACUUUCGUAUUCGAUGAUUUGUAAGUACGCGUGUGUAAAUACACGAAAAUCAAGGGCCUCUAUUCAAGAGAAAUUAAAUCAAAAACGUGAUGAAGAUGGCGCGUCAUUUCAAUCAUACACCGCAUGCUCAUCACAAGACUCAUCAGUGACUCAUUUGCAUACGGUCAAAGUUUACAACGCCCGACCAGUUAGCCUCACCAUCGAAGCUUUGUUCAUUAAGAUUCUUCUUUUUUUGACCACUAAAGUAAUCACUUGUUCCAAAGUAAUCAACGCUUUCAAGCGAUAGAAAUCGUCAACCGAUCCUUUCCGGAAAACUGCUCGACGUCUUUCGCAUCAAUAUUUCCUAAGCUUUCUAUGCAUGGCUUUCGUCACGCCGCCAAUCUUAUCCCCAGGAUCCACGGACUCCGCUAGGAACGCCUGGGACCAUAACUCCUUUUUUGGCGCGCACACACGAAAACAAAAGGAAACACACGCUUUCAUUUUAAGAGUCUCGCAGCUAAAGCAAGCGAGGCUAAUAUCGGCGGUUGAGAAGGGCCAGAUGAAUGAGGUGGAAAGGUAAAGCCUAAACAAGAGAAUGUAGCGUCUCCUUCUCCACCUUCGUCACAAAUUGAUGUCACGCAUCAAUUAUAAUCGCAAAAUACACGGGCUUUGGCGUGAAUGCAGGCAGGAGACUGACCAGACCCCUGCUAUCUACGGGGAAAACCCAGAGACGUCAGCGAAUCAUAUACGCCUAUUUCAAUAAAGUUUGCUAUCCUCGUGAAACAUGAUGCAUGAUCCAUGAUCCAUGUUUCAUGACAUGCGGUGCAUUAUGUGAGCAAGCUCAGUUUGUCAUAUGCCCGCGCCGUACGCGGAAGACUUCCGUUAGAGUGCGAUUUGGUUUCCACAUUUUUGUGGGUAUUAAGCAGAAGAAGCCUGUUUUCAUCCUUGAAUAUCCAAAUGGACUCAAAGGCACUACUUGCUUAGUUAAGAUUGUUUCGGGGGAUGUGGACGCAAAGAAGAUGGGAUGACCUUCUUGAAGCGUACCUUGAAAUCCGACGACGGCGAGGCAACAAGAACGUCACAAAAACUAUAGGUUUAACAAAGCAAAACAACCAUUCUUCUUCUUCUUGUACAUUUCAUUACCAUCACCGCAAGACUACGAGGUGAAAAUGCCUAAUUUCAUGUUUUAUAGAGGACGUAAACAAGAGACGACGAAAUUUUCUUUCUCUUUCCUAACUUGAAUAAGGUUCUUAGGAAUUCAGCUCUUAGGAGAGUUCGCCUACAUUGACAAACGAAGUUAGUUGGAAUAAUCGCGAUGGAGGUUAAAGAAUCGAAGGCGAAUUCACUUUUUAUGCAACGUUUUCGCCCCCGUCCUUAGAUCUUAAUUAAGGUCCCUAUUUUAAAUUAGGCUUGUGUAACGCUGAAAUGUAAAUAACUUUACAUUACGAGUUUGUUAAGUAUUUUUAAGGAUGAAAGAUUGAAAAAAAAGGGGGUAAAAAAGGAGGAAUGUAGAAGCCUAUUUCAAGGCUGUCCUCGUUGGCGGCUCUUAAUUUCUUUGUUACAAUGAAAUUCUUCAGCUCACUUGCACUUGAGAAUUUCGUCACUUGUUUGAGCUGAAAACUCUCAUUCACUGCUUUCUUAUUGUUUGUUAGUACUUUCAAACAGGUGUUGUGUGUAUUAUUAUUAUCGGUUGCCGAGCACAGGCGCGCACAAACCUCUAGCCUGUUCCAGGCGUUCAGAUAGUGGGGAGCGGUGCGAAGUAAAAGGGAGCGCGAAAAAAUAAAAGCGAGGAAGGAGGAGAGGUGAGAGAGGGAACGCCUGUUAGAUUUGUUUUAAAUAGACUCUUCCGCCCAGUCAGACCGCAUCAACUGUAGGUGGUCUUCACUUGUCAGUCAAGACUGGUGUUACAGCCCGAUGCAUUUAUUAUUUUUCUUGCGAAUAAAUCGACGUUUGUCAGAUCAAAAAUUAAUAUUAUGUAUACGUAAUCUUACUAAAAACCCAAUGUAAGACUUUCAGACAAUAGAAGGCGGGAGAAGUAUUCAUGUAUAAUGAAUUUAUUUACGGCUUUAAAACAUAAUUUCAGCGUGUACGUGACAAAAAAUUAUGAAUCAAGUGACAAAAAAAUAUCGCUCAUUUCGAUAGAAAGCCGUUUCAAUACAGAUCGUUAACUCAAGCAAUGAAAAUGCACAACAAUUGAAGGGAAAAUUUACUAUUCGGUGAUUGAGUGGACGUCGUCAAUAGCGAUAGCUGCAACUUGCUUUCCAAGCUUUCCUUUUUGAAGUCCUUUUGUCCAUUCAUUAGACAACCACGAUUUGGCACUUCAGUAAACAAUUUCACAGCUUCCACUUUUAACGGCUUCAUCCACAUCUUCUCCCAUCAUUGCCGCCGCUACUCCGAUUUUGUUCAAAUAUUCCACUUGGUCUUCCAUGAUGGUAAUCAACGGAGUUACCACAACAAUCGUAAAUGGCAUUCUAUCCUGCCUUCAUUCCAACGCACGCUUUAUUCGAGGAAAAAGCUGGAAAAUAAGAAUUUUUCCAAAGCCAGUCGGUGAGAAAUUACUAAGACGUCUAUCCUACCGACUACGUGUUUUAAACAGUUUCUUUGCUCUUCGCUUUUAGCCUCCACGUUUGGAAAGUCACUCGGCGCUGUGUUUGUUGCGAGUUUGAAUUCUGCGUGACGGCACGUAGAGUCUGUCAUAACGGCCAUAUCGCAUUUCUCGCUGUGAUCGAAGACGCUCCACUGUUGACAAAAACUGUCAAAAUCAACCAAUCAGAGGGUAUACCAGGAUCUGGUAUACCGGAACGCACUUUUGUUAAGAAUUCUUACAAGCGUUCCCUCACCUCUCUCCCCAGUCCCCCUCUACUUUUCAUCGCUUUCUUUACUCUGCACCGCUCUCCACUAUCUGAACGCUUGGAACAGGCUAACAAACCUCCUGCUUACAAAAAGAUCUACCACAAUACACCGCAGGAUACGAAACGUGGAUCAUGAAUCAUGCAUCACGUUUCACGGGAGCAACCUUAAUUGAAAUCAGUGUAUAUUUCAGUAAUAAAUGCAGGUCGACUACAAUUUCCCUUUUUAUUUUACCUUUAGCGCCUCGGAGCUGUUUAUAGCUGGUACAGGAACGCUCUCAGUUGUGAUCAUUUGGAGCCUUUAUUACGUCACCAAACACCCAGAUGUACAGGCCAGGUUACAUUGCGAGCUAGAUGAAUUCAUUGGCAAAAAUGCACGACUUCCAGAGUUCUCAGAUCGGCCCGACUUACCAUAUUUGGAAGCGUUUACUGCUGAACUACAUCGUUCUGCAAGUGACAAUCCUUUGGCGCUUCCACAUUCGACGACACGGGAUACAUCCCUUGCGGGAUUCUUUAUCCCUCGGGAAACCACAGUGUUUGUUAAUCUCUGGGGAAUUCACCACGAUCCUGAUUACUGGCGGGAGCCAUUUAGUUUUCGGCCGGACCGAUUCUUGGAUGAACAGGGGCGACUGCAUGUGGAGGGAAUCAUGCCAUUCUCGACAGGAACACGUUCGUGUCUCGGGGAAAAGUUUGCCAAAAGAGUAGUUUUCUUGUUCGUCGCGCGAUUGCUGCACAGAUUUAGAUUUGAGUGUCCGUAUGGUGAAAUCCUGCCCGAAGAGGAAGACAUAAGUGAUUACGGGAUUUUACUUGAUUGUAAGCCGUUUAGGAUAAAAGCAAUAGAAAGAAGAGUUAAUAGUUAAUUGAUUACAUCGCUUGCUGUGCUGACAGAAAUCUAUUAUAGAGUGUUUUCACUCACGUGGCCAGCAUCUAUGCAAAAUUUAUUGGAACAACAGAAAGCGUUUGCAUGAGAAAAGAGCUGAACUCCCAGAGGAUUGGUUUGGGACACCAACAUGGCCGCCGUUUCAUUGUUUUGGGACACCAAUAUGGCUGCCGUGACGUCAUGUGAAAAC